GCAGUGGGGACUCAGUGGGGACACGGGGACAUUGCAAGGGGUCCCUGCUGGGGACACGGGGCCCUUGAAUGGCCCGGGCGUGGGGCCAGCAGCAGAGUGGCAGGGCGGGGGUGGCAGCCCCGCAGUGUCCCCAUGGGUGUGACACACCUGUCCCCGUGAGCUGGCACGGCCCCAGCGGCCACAUCCCGCCUGCCCCCCGGGGCUUUAAGAGGCCGCGGGCUCGGCCCUGCCAGCGCUGUCCCCAGCCUGUCCCCAACCAUGGCCCUGGCGCUGCCGCUGCUCCUCGCUCUGCUCGGGACCACCCCAGGUUUGGGGGCGCCGGGGGGGGGCUGUGGGGUGCCCCCCUCUGCCUGGUGCCAGGACUGGGUGACGGCGCUGCGCUGCGGGGCCCUGGGGCGCUGCCCCCACCUCAGCCAGGGACCCCCCGACGCGGUGAGAGACCCCUCCAAUGAGGACACCUGUGCCCUGUGCCAGCAGCUCUUUGACCGCCUCCGCCGAAUCUCCAACCAAUCGGCCGUGGAGGAGCCCCAGGUCUGUGCCGAGCUGUGUCCCGGGGAGCCCGGGGCCGCGCCCGCCCUUGAGGGGCCUGGCACCCCCCUGCAGGGCUCCGGGCUGUCCCCGCGGGCGCUGCCGCUGCCGCUGCCGCUGUGCUGGCUGUGUCGCUCGCUGGUGGCGCGGGCCGAGGCCGCUGUCCCCGUGGGCUCGGUGGCGGCGGCGGUGGCCGGGCUGUGCCGGGCGCUGCCGCUGCCGGUGGCCGGGGCCUGCCAGUGCCUGGCCGAGCGUUACGCGGCGCUGGCGCUCGAGGGGCUGCUGGGCCGCCUGGGGCCGCGCCUGCUCUGCCGCCUGUUCCUGGCCUGCCGCAGCGGGGACAGCGGGGACAGCGGGGACAGCGGGGACAGCCAGCACGCGGGGACGCUGCCACCGCCCUGGGUGCUGGAGGCCAUCGUGGUGCGGCUGGCCGAGUGUGUCAGGGAGGAGGACCCCAAAGGUGUCCCUGUCCCUGCGCUGUCCCUGUCCCUGGGCCCCUGUGCCCUGGGCCCCAUCUUCUGGUGCUCGGGCCCGGAGGCCGCGCGGCGCUGCCAGGCCGUGCAGCACUGCCAGGAGCACGUCUGGCUGUAGGGGGGCACCAGGACCCCCCAGCGUUCCCAAUAAAGCUUGGAUGCAGCUCUG